AUGCCCGGUCAAGAAGGAUAUAACGAGUUGUUACAGGCUCUUGAAGUAGAUGGUAGACGUAUUGGAUAUAAUGCCAUGAAAGCAGCACAAAAAGCUGAGCAAUUGCUUGAAGAUGAUUUAUUUGGUCGAAAAUAUUUGGAAACAAUUCGUUCUCGAGCAAGAGAAUGUGUUGUUAGUGUUCCAUAUGACACCAAUAAUUCACAUGAUCAAGGCGAUUGUAUGUCUCCCAUAACAACAAAUAAAAUCCAUUUGAUUAUUAAAUGUAACGAACGUUUAGAAAAUUUGUGUGAUCAAAUCAAACAUUUAGGUUUUAUUCUUAUGGAAAAUGCCGAAAAAUUACGUGGUCUAAUUGAUUUGAAUAUAGUUAACGUUGAUAAUGAAACAAAAUCAGCAUGGAAAAAUGAAUUAAUACAAAUGCAGUCAAUCAUUUCAUCAAAUUGUGCAUUGAUUAUUACUUACUAUCAUGAUAGAAGUCAUACAAGUUCAUAUGUACUCAGACAUCCCACCGUCUCUGAUUCUUGGCAACAAAUUAUUGAAAUUGAUGAAGAUUUCUUUUCAAAAUUAAGAAUUUUUCUGUUGAAUUUAAGAUUGUUUAAUGUAAGACUUUAUAACAUUAUACAAAAUUGGUUAAAUUUAAAUGAAUCCAAACAAGAAUAA